AUCUGCAGUCGGCCUGAAUCGGCGGUCUCCGGGUCUGCAACGCACAUCGCUGAGCACAUCGCGUGUAAGCUCCGCCCACUCAGCGCGCGAAACCAUCUCACCGGGAAUUCUGAUGAGAUUGCGUACAACGUGCAGAACGUCUGUCCACGAGGGACCUCCGGGACUCCAAAUCAACUUUAUCCUUCGUUCCAGAAAGCUGCAGAGAAAGAAGAAGCCUUCCCAGACUCCGUGAGGACCCUGAUAUCCAGCCACUAUGAUCCGGUCUACAGGUUCCACCUGGGCUUCCUUAAGGAGACAGAUCAGCGGCUGGCCCAGUGGGAGGGCCGCUCCAACGCUCACAUCAAAGGAGACUAUCAGCGUAUCGGUGAUGUUUUACUGAAGAACAUCCAGGGCCUGAGGACGCUAACGGCCCACCUGCAGAAGCACCCCGAGUGUCUGGUGGAGCUGGAGCGGGCUGUCAGGACGAGCCGGAAGGUGGAAAGCUUAUGCCGAGACUUUGAGCAGCAGAGGGUUUGCUACCUGCCCCUCUACAUCUUCCUUCUCAGGCCUCUCCACCGCCUGCUGCACUACAAACUCAUCCUGGAGAGGCUCUGCAAGCACUACCCCCCCACCCACGAGGACUUCAGGGACAGCCGCGCGGCGCUGGCGGAGAUCUCUGAGAUGGUUCUGCAGCUUCAGGGCAUCAUGGUGAAGAUGGAGAACUUCCAGAAGCUCCUGGAGCUGAAGAAGGAUCUGACCAGCAUCGAUAACCUGGUCGUCCCUGGGCGGGAGUUCAUCCGCUUGGGCUGUCUCAGCAAGCUGUCAGGAAAAGGUCUCCAGCAGAGGAUGUUCUUCCUGUUCAGCGACUGCCUGAUGUACACCAGCAGAGGCACGACGGCGUCCAACCAGUUCAAGGUCCACGGCCAGCUGCCUCUCUACGGCAUGUCGAUCAGAGACGGUGAGGACGAGUGGGGCGUCCCUCACUCGUUCACGCUGCUGGGACCGCGCCAGUCGGUGGUGGUGGCAGCCAGCUGCGGGACGGAGAUGGAGCGUUGGGUGGAGGACAUCAGAAUGGCCAUCGAUCUGGCAGAGCAGAGCAGCGUCUCCAACACCGAGCUGCUGUCCACCAGUCCCCAGGACAAGAAGCUUUUAGAGGAUGCUGGAGCUGAGCUGGAGUCGGGGGAGGAGCUGUCCGGUUCACGCUCGUCCCUGGAGCGCCAGAGUCACCGUGGCAACACGACCGUGCACGUCUGCUGGCACCGUAACACCAGCGUGUCCAUGGUGGACUUCAGCGUAGCCGUGGAGAACCAGCUCUCCGGAAACCUGCUGAGGAAGUUUAAGAACAUCAACGGCUGGCAGAAGCUCUGGGUGGUCUUCACCAACUUCAGCCUGUUCUUCUACAAAUCUCACCAGGAUGAGUACCCUCUGGCCAGCCUCCCUCUUCUGGGGUACUCAGUCACUGUUCCGGCCGAGUCGGAGAACAUCCACAAAGAUUACGUCUUCAAGCUCCACUUCAAAUCCCACGUGUACUACUUUAGGUCGGAGAGCGAGUACACCUUUGAAAGGUGGAUGGAGGUGAUCCGGAGCACCACCUGCUCCACCAGCCGCUCCCCGCUGAGCUCCAGGAAAGACCUUUACGGGUGACUCCGCCCCCUCAGCAGAAACUCGUUAAACACUAAUCGAUGAACUUUAUCUUCACUGCCUGAAUAUUUUUCACUAUUGUUUUUUCUGGCUGUUGUGUUUGGAGCAGCUGAGAUGAGGUGCACGUGGGGAGUGGUGUGCACGUGAACACACUGCUAAUGUCUGAGUAGGUGAAAGGUGACACACACUUUUACACACUCCGCUCUUCCUUGUACAGUAUUUUGAUACACUGUGAAGCUUCCUUGUGGUUGGUCGAAGACGACGAACCAGAUUAAACUCUUCCGAUCUGCUUCCAAA